AUGGCACUCCUUCAGAUCACCAAGACCGUCGCUUCUCUAGCAGCGUGUGUGCUUCUCGCGAGCCCUGCCCUCGCCAUGCCCGUGGAGACAAGGCAGGCCAUUUCUCCCCGUGGUACAGGGAAGCGUAUGCUUCUAUGGCCGUACACGAACACCCAGGAGGUUGAAAGCGGUUCCUGCAAGACUCUGUCCACCACGGCGCAACAGCUGGCGUCGUCGAGUCAGAUCAGCAUGGUGUCCAACUGGGAGACCUGGCAGCCGAAGGAGGUUCCCACCGAUCUCCCCUUCAGCCCCACGGUGAAGGACCAGGCUCACCUCAGCGGCAAUGGCUGGACCGGUCUCCAAUCCGUCAUCUCGGCCAAGAGCAAUGUCAUCGUGCAGUUCUACAACGAGCCGAACUUGAAUGGCAUCGAUGCGACGACGGCCGCCCAAGACUGGAAGGACCACAUGGUGCCGCUGCGGAACAACAACAAGGGCCUCAAGCUCGUCACGCCGGCCUGCACCAGCGACCCCAGCAGCAAGGCCUGGAUGGAUUCGUUCAUGGGCGCCUUGGGAGACGACGAGCAGCCCGACUAUAUCGGCCUCCACUAUUACACGACCUCAACGAACCCCGUGAAGUUCGAACUGGACUACGCACAAGGCUUCAUCGAGUCCGGAUACAAGGACUACGGAAAUUCCAAAAUCCCCGUCAUGAUUACCGAGAUGAGCAGCACGAGCCGCGACCCCGCGCAGGUGCAGCAGUUCAUCGAGCAAAUGUCCACGUACCUGGACGGCAAGGACUGGGUGCACGCCUACGGAUUCACCGGAGUCUCGACGGCCGUUGCCGACUCCUUCUCCAGCCCUGCGGCACAGCUGCUCUCUAGCGAUGGAACUCUGAAUGCGUUGGGCAAGAUGGUGGCUGGGAUAUAA